CUCUCUCCUCCCCAACUCUCUCUCUAUAAAACCACCACCUCCCCACCUCGCCAAGGACGAACAGGAGAACAAACAGCCUGUCGGUCUAGCGGCGUUCUCUUCCCCCUCUCUCUCUAUCUUCCUCUUUUAUCUCUCUAUAUAUAUAUAUAUAUGAAUGUUUCUCUCUCUAUACCUAAUUCUGUAUCGGCGAUUCCCUCAUUUCCCGGUUGUUUAGCUUUUUGUUCGUGCUCGAACUCAAUCUCGUAGACUUCGCAACGGAUAAGGACACAAGUUUCUAUCAAUAUUUCGCCCAAUAUAGGCUUCAGAUCCCAAACUCGACGACUUUUUUGCUAUUUCUUUUUUCCAAUCCACUCGAUUUUCGCUGAUUUCUCUCUCUGAUCUCUGUGAUCUAUAAUCUCGCCAAAACAAUCUAAGCACAGAAUCGGAGGAGAUUCUAUAAUUACAAGUGGUUCGAAAAAAAAAAUAAUCGGUUAAUCUUCACAGAUCUGAAUAUUCACCUGUUCUGCACAAAAAUCAGAUUGAAAACCCUGAUUUUUGCAAGAUCUGUGACUUUUUAAAAUUGUAAUAACAGAUUGUAAUGUCGGUGGGUUCGAGUUCUGUUCUUCAAACCCGAAACAACCCGGCGUCGGUGGUACCAAAAAUCGGUGCACCUUUGGUUAGUCGGCAAUCAAAUGUUGUUUCUCUGAGCCGAGUCGGUACAAACAGAGCCACCACCACCACCACCACCACCACCAGAGCUACGAGAACCUCUGUUACCAAACGGUCCGGUUCUUUGGAGAAUCGUUUCUAUGGAGCCCGAGUGCGAGGGUUGGGUUCCGAAAGGCUUCAUCUUUGGCAAUCGGACGGUCCCGGACGAGCUCCGAAGCUCAGAGUGGUGUUGCGAUCUGCAUUGUCUCAGGUGCCGGAGAAGCCUCUCGGUCUCUAUGAUCCUUCAUUCGACAAGGACUCGUGUGGGGUCGGGUUCGUCGCCGAAUUAUCCGGCGAGAGCAGCCGGAAAACGGUGACUGAUGCUAUAGAGAUGCUGGUGCGCAUGUCACAUAGAGGAGCUUGUGGGUGUGAAACAAAUACUGGUGAUGGAGCUGGCAUUCUCGUAGGUCUUCCUCAUGAAUUCUUCAAGGAGAUUGCCAAAGAUAUGGGUUUCGAGCUACCACCACCCGGGGAAUACGCCGUGGGCAUGUUCUUCUUGCCUACAUCUGAAAAUCGAAGAGAACAAAGCAAAAUCGUAUUUACAAAGGUUGCGGAGUCACUUGGGCAUACUGUUCUUGGGUGGCGCUCUGUCCCGACCAACAACUCAGGAUUGGGGAACUCUGCUUUACAGACAGAACCAGUCAUUGAGCAAGUGUUUCUGACACCCACUCCCAGGUCAAAGGCCGACUUUGAGCAGCAGAUGUACAUACUAAGGAGGGUUUCGAUGGUAGCCAUCCGAGCUGCAUUAAACCUUCAGCAUGGUGGUGUUAGGGACUUCUACAUAUGUUCUCUAUCAUCAAGUACUGUCGUCUACAAAGGUCAGUUGAAGCCCAAUCAGUUGCAAGAAUAUUAUUUUGCAGAUCUUGGAAAUGGAAGGUUUACAAGCUACAUGGCCCUGAUACACUCCCGGUUCUCGACGAACACAUUUCCUAGCUGGGAUCGUGCUCAGCCUAUGCGUGUUUUGGGCCAUAACGGGGAAAUCAACACACUUCGGGGCAAUGUGAACUGGAUGAAGGCACGUGAGGGUCUUCUAAAGUGUAAGGAGCUGGGUCUGUCGAAGAAUGAGAUGAAGAAGCUUCUACCCAUUGUAGAUGCCAGUUCAUCUGAUUCAGGAGCUUUUGAUGGUGUACUUGAACUCUUGGUUCGAGCUGGUAGAAGUCUCCCUGAAGCUGUCAUGAUGAUGAUCCCUGAAGCGUGGCAAAAUGAUAAGAAUAUGGAUCCCCAUCGGAAGGCUUUGUAUGAAUAUUUCUCGGCCCUUAUGGAACCAUGGGAUGGGCCUGCUCUGAUAUCAUUUACUGAUGGCCGCUAUCUGGGAGCUACACUGGACCGCAAUGGAUUACGUCCAGGUCGCUUUUAUGUCACACACAGUGGACGAGUUAUAAUGGCAAGUGAAGUUGGAGUAGUGGACAUUCCACCUGAAGAUGUGUGUAGGAAAGGAAGACUUAAUCCUGGCAUGAUGCUUUUAGUGGAUUUUGAGAAGCAUGUUGUUGUAGAUGAUGAAGCCCUGAAGCAGCAGUAUUCACUUGCAAGACCCUAUGGAGAGUGGCUUAAAAGGCAAAAGAUAGGACUAAAGGACAUAGUCGAAUCUGUUCAUGCAUCUGACAGGGUCCCUCCAGCCAUAGCAGGAAUGGUGUUGGCAUCUACUGAUGACGACAACAUGGAAAACAUGGGCAUGCAUGGUUUAUUGGGUCCUUUGAAAGCUUUUGGCUACACUGUUGAAGCCUUGGAGAUGUUGUUGCUACCCAUGGCAAAAGAUGGUGUUGAGGCCCUCGGGUCAAUGGGGAACGAUGCUCCUUUGGCUGUGAUGUCAAAUAGAGAGAAACUCACCUUUGAGUAUUUUAAGCAGAUGUUUGCUCAAGUUACAAACCCUCCUAUUGACCCUAUUAGGGAGAAGAUAGUCACCUCCAUGGAGUGCAUGAUUGGUCCAGAAGGUGAUCUUACAGAGACUACUGAAGAACAGUGUCAUCGUCUCUCGCUAAAAGGGCCUCUUUUAUCGAUUGAUGAAAUUGAAGCAAUUAAAAUGAUGAACUACAGAGGUUGGCGUAGCAAAGUUCUUGAUAUCACUUAUUCUAAAGGUCGUGGUAGGAAUGGUUUGGAGGAGACCUUGGAUAGGAUAUGUUCUGAGGCGCAUGAUGCAAUUAAGGAGGGUUACACUAUACUGGUGCUUUCUGACAGAGCCUUUUCUUCGAAGCGAGUAGCUGUGAGCUCCCUCUUGGCUGUUGGAGCUGUCCAUCACCAUUUAGUUAAAAAGCUUGAGCGAACUCGAGUAGGGCUGAUUGUUGAGUCAGCUGAGCCACGUGAAGUGCACCAUUUUUGCACACUUGUUGGGUUUGGUGCAGAUGCUAUAUGCCCGUAUUUGGCCGUAGAGGCCAUCUGGAGACUGCAGGUUGAUGGAAAGAUCCCACCAAAAGCGAGUGGUGAGUUCCAUACGAAGGAUGAGCUGGUCAAGAAGUACUUCAAAGCAAGUAACUAUGGAAUGAUGAAGGUUCUUGCCAAGAUGGGGAUAUCAACUUUGGCCUCAUACAAGGGUGCUCAGAUUUUUGAGGCUGUGGGUCUUUCAUCAGAAGUGAUAGAAAGGUGCUUUACUGGAACUCCUAGCAGAGUUGAGGGCGCAACAUUUGAAGCUCUUGCCCAUGACGCACUUCAAUUGCAUGAGCUGGCAUUUCCAACUAGGACCUUCCCUCCUGGAAGUGCAGAGUCUGUAGCACUGCCCAAUCCGGGGGAUUAUCACUGGAGGAAAGAUGGUGAGGUUCACCUGAAUGAUCCCCUUGCUAUUGCAAAGCUGCAAGAGGCCGCGAGAGGUAAUAGUGUGGCUGCUUACAAAGAAUAUUCUAAGCGGAUACAGGAAUUGAACAAAACCUGCAAUCUGCGGGGGCUUUUGAAAUUUAAAGGGGCAGACAUCAUCAUUCCUUUAGAUGAAGUGGAACCAGCCAGUGAGAUUGUUAAACGGUUUUGUACUGGGGCCAUGAGUUAUGGAUCAAUAUCAUUGGAGGCACACACGACCCUUGCUACUGCUAUGAACAAAAUUGGGGGGAAAUCCAACACAGGUGAGGGAGGUGAGAACCCAUCUCGUAUGGUGCCUCUUCCAGAUGGUUCAAGGAAUCCUAAAAGGAGUGCAAUUAAGCAGGUUGCAAGUGGAAGAUUUGGAGUGUCAAGUUAUUACCUUACAAACGCUGAUGAGCUGCAGAUAAAGAUGGCUCAGGGGGCCAAGCCUGGUGAAGGUGGUGAACUUCCCGGCCACAAAGUUAUUGGAGACAUUGCGGUCACAAGGAAUUCCACUGCUGGGGUAGGACUAAUCAGUCCACCUCCCCAUCAUGACAUCUAUUCGAUUGAAGACCUUGCCCAAUUGAUUCAUGAUCUCAAAAAUGCCAAUCCAUCAGCCAGAGUAAGCGUGAAGCUAGUAUCUGAAGCUGGUGUGGGGGUAAUUGCUAGUGGGGUUGUGAAGGGGCAUGCUGACCAUGUAUUGAUCUCGGGUCAUGAUGGAGGUACAGGGGCUUCUCGAUGGACUGGCAUCAAGAGUGCUGGGCUUCCAUGGGAACUUGGUCUUGCAGAGACCCACCAGACUCUAGUUGCUAAUGACCUUCGUGGCCGAGCAGUUCUCCAGACAGACGGCCAGCUUAAAACUGGAAGAGAUGUGGCCAUAGCGGCGCUUCUUGGUGCAGAGGAGUUUGGUUUCAGCACGGCUCCCCUAAUAACCCUUGGCUGCAUCAUGAUGCGAAAGUGCCACAAGAACACUUGUCCGGUUGGAAUUGCCACCCAAGAUCCAGUUCUUCGUGAGAAGUUUGCUGGAGAACCUGAACAUGUCAUAAAUUUUUUCUUCAUGCUAGCAGAGGAGCUGAGGGAAAUCAUGUCUCAGCUUGGAUUUCGAACAAUAAAUGAAAUGAUUGGUCGAUCAGACAUGCUUGAACUUGAUAAAGAAGUUACUAAGAACAAUGAAAAGCUAAAGAAUAUAGAUCUCUCUCUGUUGCUUAGACCUGCUGCUGACAUCCGGCCAGAAGCUGCCCAGUAUUGUGUAGAAAAACAGGAUCACGGCUUGGACAUGGCUUUGGAUAAUGAACUUAUUACUUUGUCCAAAUCUGCUUUAGAGAAAGCUCUUCCUGUAUACAUCAAGUCACCAAUCUGCAACGUAAAUCGUGCAGUUGGAACGAUGCUUAGCCAUGAAGUGACUAAGCGCUACCACAUGGUAGGGCUUCCUGCAGAUACCAUCCAUAUUAAACUCAGUGGCAGUGCAGGCCAGAGCUUUGGUGCUUUCCUUUGCCCUGGCAUCAUGUUGGAGCUUGAAGGUGACAGCAACGAUUAUGUGGGGAAAGGAUUAUCAGGUGGCAAGAUUGUUGUUUAUCCCCCAAGAAGAAGCCAGUUUGAUCCAAAGGAAAACAUUGUGAUUGGUAAUGUAGCUCUCUAUGGAGCAACAGACGGGGAAGCAUAUUUUAAUGGGAUGGCAGCAGAAAGGUUCUGUGUCCGUAAUUCAGGGGCUAGAGCAGUUGUGGAAGGUGUUGGUGAUCAUGGAUGUGAGUACAUGACUGGUGGGACUGUUGUUGUGCUCGGGAAAACUGGGAGGAAUUUUGCUGCAGGCAUGAGCGGUGGCGUUGCCUAUGUUCUUGAUGUGGAUGACAAGUUCCAAUCCCGAUGCAAUCUUGAGCUAGUAGAUCUAGAUAAAGUUGAAGAAGAAGAGGAUAUCAUGACACUCAGAAUGAUGAUACAGCAACAUCAGCGUCACACAGACAGCGAAUUAGCCAGAGAAGUGCUUGCUGACUUCGAGAACCUUCUACCCAAAUUUAUUAAGGUCUUCCCUAGAGAUUAUAAACGGGUGCUUGCAAGCAUGAAAGCAGAGGAAACUGCCAUAGAGGCUGCAGAAAAGGCUUCUAAGGAGGAUGAGGAACAAGAUGAGGCAGAAUUGGUGGAGAAAGAUGCCUUUGAAGAGCUAAAGAAGUUGGCGACUGCAUCUUUGAAUGCGAAGGUCAAUCAGGAGGUGGAAAAGGCUGAAUCAACGAAGAGGCCUACUCGAGUUACCGAUGCUAUCAAACAUCGAGGUUUCAUUGCUUAUGAGCGUGAGGGCGUCUCAUACAGGGAUCCCACCAUUCGGAUGAAUGACUGGAAUGAGGUUAUGGAAGAGUCAAAGCCUGGCCCGCUUUUAAAGACACAGUCUGCUCGUUGCAUGGACUGUGGCACUCCCUUCUGCCACCAGGGGAACUCUGGAUGUCCUCUUGGGAAUAAAAUACCUGAAUUCAAUGAGUUGGUGUACCAAAAUAGGUGGCGUGAAGCAUUAGACCGCUUACUGGAGACUAAUAAUUUCCCGGAGUUUACUGGCCGAGUGUGUCCUGCACCUUGUGAAGGUUCUUGUGUUCUCGGCAUUAUUGAAAAUCCUGUAUCAAUCAAAAACAUUGAAUGCUCCAUCAUAGACAAGGCUUUUGAGGAGGGGUGGAUGGUUCCACGACCUCCCCUUAGGAGAACAGGUAAAAGAGUCGCUGUUGUUGGAAGUGGACCCGCCGGCUUGGCUGCUGCUGAUCAACUUAAUAGGAUGGGUCAUUUGGUGACAGUGUUCGAGCGUGCUGAUCGAAUCGGUGGCCUUAUGAUGUAUGGUGUUCCCAACAUGAAGGCAGACAAAGUUGAUGUAGUUCAACGGCGGGUUGACCUUAUGGAAAAGGAAGGUGUUAAAUUUGUUGUUAAUGCUAACGUGGGGAAUGAUCCAUUGUUCUCCCUAGAACAGCUCCGUGAGGAAAAUGACGCCAUUGUUUUAGCGGUAGGAUCCACAAAACCAAGGGACCUUCCUGUUCCGGGACGGGAGCUAUCAGGAGUUCAUUUUGCUAUGGAGUUCCUUCAUGCAAACACCAAAAGUUUGCUUGAUAGCAAUCUCCAAGAUAAUAACUACAUUUCUGCAAAGGGCAAGAAGGUAGUGGUCAUUGGUGGAGGGGACACUGGCACAGAUUGCAUUGGGACAUCUAUUCGGCAUGGCUGUAGUAGCAUUGUAAAUCUAGAGCUUCUCCCUGAGCCGCCACAGACUAGGGCUCCUGGCAACCCUUGGCCACAGUGGCCUCGCAUAUUCCGUGUAGACUAUGGACACCAAGAAGCUGCUGCCAAGUUUGGCAAAGAUCCGCGGUCGUAUGAGGUAUUGACAAAGCGGUUUCUGGGAGAUGAGAAUGGGGUUCUAAAAGGACUGGAGGUGGUACGUGUAAACUGGGAAAAGGAUGCUAGUGGGAAGUUUCAGUUUAAGGAAGUCGAGGGCUCUGAAGAGACAAUUGAGGCUGACCUAGUCCUACUAGCCAUGGGUUUCCUUGGCCCUGAAUCGACAGUAGCAGAAAAACUGGGCAUUGAGCGAGACAAUAGAUCAAACUUCAAAGCUGAUUAUGGCCGCUUCUUGACCAAUGUGGAAGGGGUCUUCGCUGCUGGGGAUUGCCGGCGUGGCCAGUCAUUGGUGGUAUGGGCUAUAUCCGAAGGCAGGCAAGCUGCUUCACAGGUUGACAGUUAUCUCAUGAGAGAAGAAAAAGAUCUCACUGUAAGUUUAGGGAGUCAAGAGGACAUUGUCAAAAGGCAGCAAGGUAGCAGCAAACAUACAGUAAUGACGUAGAAAACUGUGCUAUACUUCCAGAUACAAAGUAGAAAGCAUAGAAGCUGGUAAUUUUAUAUCGAUGGGUUCACAAUUGAUUAUUUGGUGGAUAUCCAACAAGAGAAGCCCCAUUUCGGGUUGGGAAGGGUUUCAGAAGUUAAAAGAGAGGCCAAAAUGGCAUUUGUUACCGAGUGUAGGUCCGUGUUUUCUGUAUUGUUUAUAAUGUUUCAUCUGUCGGUUGUUUUGUGGGGGUGGAGCUUGUGCUGGGCUAAAAGGAAUAAUGUAUAGUUGGUUUCUUCAUCCGUGAAUGGAAAUUAAUAUAUCAAAGGUUUGGUGGAUCUA